AGCCCACCGACACGAACCCAGUGGGCUCAAAUGCUCUGUGGAGAGAGACGAAGUAGAAACAGAUUUCAGUGAGUUAAUGGAGAUAAAAACCUGCUUUCUCUCAGGCCCCCAGUGCAGCAUCUGUCUCCCCAUUCCCCAUCCACCAGGCUGGCUCCUGUGGCCCUCAGCUUGGGUCCCCAAGACACCCUGAUCCGCCAGGCCAGCAGGCAGUGACGUCGCAAGCCAUGCUCUGCUCUCUGGAGGUGCCUGCUCCAGCUGCUGGGAGAGGCCCACUGCCCCACAGGCUCUGGAUCCUCUGACACUUGUUCAGUCAGAUGUGCUAGCUCUGUGGCCCAGGGCCCUCCCACCAACUCACAAAAAAGCAGGCACACUCCCGUGUCACUGCUGGGAGCACAAAAUGGUGUGACUCCUACGCCGGGAAUUUUGUGGCAUCAAAUGACCCACGAAGUUGCCUCUUGACCCAGCACUUCUGUUUCUGGGAGUUACAGUGUUGCUGAGCACACUGUAAUGGAAGACUGGAAACCCCCAGAAUUCUUCAGGGACGCGGUGAUAGCAACAAGGGUGUGUCCGCAUAAUGGAAGGGUAUGCAGCCAUUUAAAAAUGGGGAAGUUUUCCAGGUACUGGGUAUCACGUGGUCCCCAGAAUGUGUUAAGUGAAAAAAGAUGUGAAAUCAUAGAACACCAUGUCAUGCCUGGGAACUGGACUACGUCACCUGGGAGUGUGGCAGGCGAGCCCACUUUCAUUGCGGUGGAGACCAACCUUCCAGACAGGAGGGCAUGAGUUGAGGGCAGGGGCGGGGGCAGGGGCAGGAAGAGGGUCACUCAAGAGACACCCCCCCAGGACAUGGGACCUGCAGAGGCCUGGGCCAUCUGGGGUAGGCUGGAACCCUGGGGGCUCAGAAGGAGGAGAUGGCCAAUGCCAAACGCCCCACCACCUUCCAGCCUGGUCAAGAGCCAACUCCCCUCUUUGCAAAAUGAACACCUCCCCACCCCUACCCCGCCCCAUGAUGAGGUUAGUGGGGAGGGAGGAGGGAGGAGCCAGGCCAAGGGCCAGUGACUGACUCUCAGCCCCACACACAGGGACUGCAGCUGGGAAACUAGAGGCCCCAAGGGCACCCCCAGCCCCGAUUAUCUCUGGGUUCUUCUCAAGCCCAACCAGGGUUGCUGUGGUUUCCUGCUGGCGCCUCUGGCCUCAACAAACCCCCGCCCCCCCAUGCUGCACUAAUGGCUCAGCCUGGGGCUCCAGGGACCUCCCCACCCCCCAGGCUGCUCUGCCAGCCCCCAUGCCCCUCACUGCUGAAACCCAAUCCUCUGCGGCAGCUCUGGCUCAGCAGAGCAGCAGACCAGCCCUGCCGGCCACGCAGGCUGCACCCUACCUGCUCAGCUGCGGAGCCCCCAGCCCAGCCCCGGCCCGUGGAGCCACAGCCUGUUCCCGGACGAGGCCAGCUGGACCCUUCAGCGGGGGCCAUGAAGCCCCCCUCAGGGCCGGAGGAGGCCCGGCGGCAGGCCUCGGACAUCAGUGUGUUCGCCAGCAGCUGCACGCUACACGGGCUGAGCCAUGUCUUUGGUCGAGGAAGCCUGACCCCGCGCCGGGGGCUGUGGGCCGUGGCCAUGCUCCUGUCGAUGGCUGCCUUCCUCUACCAGGUGGCAGAGAGGGUGCGCUACUACGGGGAGUUCCAUCACGAGACGGCCCUGGACGAGCGCGAAAGCCACCAGCUCACCUUCCCGGCCAUCACCCUGUGCAACAUCAACCCGCUGCGCCGCUCACGUCUCACGCCCAACGAUCUGCACUGGGCCGGGCCCUCGCUGCUAGGCCUGGAGCCCUCUGAGCACGCCGCCUUCCUGCGCGCGCUGGGCCAGCCCCCGACACCACCCGGCUUCAUGCCCAGCCCCACCUUCGACAUGGCCCGACUCUACACCCGGGCUGGGCACACCCUGGAGGACAUGCUGCUGGACUGUCGCUACCGCGGCCGACCCUGCGGGCCUGAGAACUUCACUGCGAUCUUUACCAGGAUGGGUCAGUGCUACACCUUCAACUCGGGUGCAGAUGGGGCAGAGCUUCUCACCACCCCCAAGGGCGGAGCGGGCAAUGGGCUGGAGAUCAUGCUGGAUGUGCAGCAGGACGAGUACCUGCCCGUGUGGAAGGACAUGGAGGAGACCCCGUUUGAGGUGGGGAUCCGAGUGCAGAUCCACACCCAGGAGGAGCCACCUAGCAUCGACCAGCUGGGCUUUGGGGCAGCCCCUGGCUACCAGGUUUUUGUGUCUUGCCAACAGCAGCAACUGAGCUUCCUGCCACCACCCUGGGGCGACUGCAGCUCCGCAUCCCUAGACCCCGACUUUGAGCCAGAACCCGCUGGUCCCCUGGGUCCCCCCAGCCCCAGCCCGGGCCCCAGCCCUCCCUAUAGUCUAAUGGGGUGUCGCCUGGCCUGCGAAGCCCGCUAUGUGGCUCGGAAGUGCGGCUGCCGAAUGAUGCACAUGCCUGGUAGCGCACCGGUGUGCAGCCCGCAGCAGUACAAGGACUGCGCCAACCCGACGCUGGGUAAGGGGCCAGCUCCCUGCACCCCGCCCCCGCCGCGCUGGGCCCGGGACCCCACCCCACAGGGCAGGCAGCCUGACCCAGACGACUGUGGCCCGCAGACGCCAUGCUGCGGAAGGACUCGUGCGUGUGCCCCAACCCGUGCGCCAUCACGCGCUACGCCAAGGAGCUCUCUAUGGGAGAACGUACUGGUGCUGGACAUCUUCUUUGAGGCCCUCAACUACGAGACAGUAGAGCAGAAGAAGGCCUAUGAGGUGUCAGAGCUGCUAGGCGACAUUGGGGGCCAGAUGGGGCUGUUCAUCGGGGCCAGCCUGCUCACCAUCCUCGAGAUCCUGGACUACCUCUGCGAGGUGUUCCUAGACAGGGUCCUGGGAUACUUCUGGAACCGGAAGCGCUCCCAUAGGCCCUCCAGCACCCAUCUGCUUCAGGAAGGGCUGGGCAGCCAUGGAAAUCAAGUGCCCAAUCUCAGUUUAGGCUCCAGCAGGCCUUCCACCCCUCCCUGUGCCGUCACCAGGACUCUUUCUGCCUCCCACCGCACCUGCUACCUCGUCACACGGCUCUAGACCUGGUGUCUGCGUCUUCAGGGUCGAACCUCAACAUCCUGGACACGCUCUGCCUGCACAUGACUUUGCCAUCUUCAUCCCAAAUAAAGUUCUAGUGCAUCAGCCUGA